AUGUCUCAACGGGAACAGCAGAGACAGAAAAAAAGCAAGGUAAAUACCACAGUUUCAGGAAAGACUUUCCAAUUGAUGAACAAGAAUCUCGUCGACAUUCCAACAUUUCACGGAGAUAUAGAGCAAUGGGAAGUUUUCUACCAAGUUUUCAGAAUAAUGGCAGAGGAAGAUGACAACAUCCCAAAAGUAAACCAAAAAAUGGUCAAACGCCAAAUAGAGCAUGGCUACUCGUCGUACGGAUUUUCAACAAUGUCCUCAACAUCCAAACACAACAGAUGCUGCAAGAAAUGGCAAGGAAACGUCGAAGAAGAGCUAAAGAGGAACGAAACAGUAGGCAACAGCUCAUGGUGCACCAUCUUAGGAUCUGCCCACACCCAAAGUUUCGAUCCGAACAUCAGAAAGAAAGAAGAGACCAGAGGUAUACCAUAUGGAGUCAAGAAAGCGAUAAAGAAAAUAUUCAGUCAAAAAAGAUUCCCAAAAGUUAAUUGA